CUUAAAAGUCACUUCUGUGAUUAGAUCCUGCCUCUACUUUCUUUUUUCCCACAGCCAGCUUGCCGACUCAGCUCAUUCAUGUGAAGUUUCGCUUUCGUUUUUCAUAAAAUAGUAGGAAUGCUUAAUACAUGGGCAAAUACAGGUGUGUCUAUGUAAAGAUGCAUAUAAAUGGUCUGUAUUUCAAUUUCAUUUCAAGGUACACAUACACAAGUUGUGUUUUAAGAUAGUCUACUGAAGGUUUGAUAAUGGCUAUAAAGGAACUGACAUUUGUGGUGUGUUUUUGGAUUGUCUGCUCUGCUGGACAUGAAUUCUUCUCAUCAACAGAUCAAACUGCACAGCUUGUUGAGAAGAAGAAAUACCUUCUAAUGAGCUUCAGUCAGUACAUUGAUGCUGAAGAAAAGAAUGUAGAGGCAAUGAAGAGUGCUUUUCAGAAUCUUCUGCCUUUAUACUCUGACCCUGUGGACCCUGAGGAAUUCACAAGGGACCCUGUAGCAGCUUACAAACUCCUCAGACAACUGAGAAAUGAAUUAAUAUAUAUUGUAAAACACAUUCGACUGAGUUUUUAUCAAUGUAAUGAGUAUCAGUAUGAGUUGGAGUUCCUAGAGAUCCCACAGCCAGAGGACUUGAAUGGUGCCGCGUCAGGACUGAUCAGACUGCAAGAGAUCUACAAACUCUACCCAGAAAACAUCAUGAUGGAAAUGUCAUUAAGUGCAGAUGAAGCCUACCAUGUUGGGUUGGUCGCUUAUUACGAAGACAAAUUUCAGCAUGCCUUUCUCUGGUUUCUGUACAGUCUCAAUACAUUAACAGAAUACUCAACUACUAAUAAGAAAGAUUUGCUACAUUACCUUAGUUUCUCAGCCAAUCGUUUUGGCAGCCAACCUGUGGCAAUCUACUUCUGCCAACAGCUUCUAAAUCUGGAUCCAACUAAUGACGAAGUCAAAGUUCAGCUGAGCCUUUACAGACGCCAUCACUUCAUGAGAACUUCAAACCCUGACAUAUUUACACUGAACACAGAGUCAAGUAAAUAUGAGACACUGUGCAGAGGAGAGGUUGAUGAGAGGACCUCCAGGAGGCAGAUGGCGCUGUCCUGUAGGUACAGCACAGGUGGAGGAAACCCCAGACUGAUGUAUGCACCAGUGAAAGAGGAAGUGGAGUGGGACGAGCCUCGAAUCAUCAGAUAUCAUGACAUUAUUUCAGACAGAGAGAUAGAGAUCCUGAAGAAUAUCUCCAGACCUCUAGUUUCUAGGUCUGUGACUAAAGGGGGAGUAUCAAAGAACCGUACUUCUCAAAGUGUUUUUCUAGAGGAAGGCAACACUGUGGUUGCUCGUGUCAAUCAGAGGAUUGCAAACAUCACAGGACUCUCCAUGGAAUCAGCUGAACACCUACAAGUUCAGAAUUACGGGAUUGGUGGCAGAUAUGAACCACAUUAUGAUGCAGAGGAUAAUGAGAAUGAAAGGAUUGCUACAUUCUUAAUUUAUAUGAGUGAUGUGGAGAUAGGGGGCGCCACUGUGUUCCCUAAAGUUGGAGUUGCACUGAAGCCAAAAAUGGGUUCAGCCGUGUUUUGGUACAACCUCCACAAGAAUGGAAAAGUGGAUUUGAAUACAGAGCAUGCUGGAUGCCCUGUGUUAAGGGGUAACAAAUGGGUGGCUAAUAAAUGGAUCCAUGAGUUUGGACAGGAGUUCAGAAGACCCUGUUCUUUGUCAUACUGGGAAUGAAAGACACUGAGACCAUGGAGAAGUCAUAUGUAGUGUAUCUGUAUAGAAGUAUCUGUUAUAUUUAUCAUAUAUAUUUACUUUAGACAGGGUCAUAGUAGCAUUAAUUACUGUUAAGGUGCAAGUAAUUUUAAUAAUAGUUAAUAUACAUUAGUAAUAUACAAAUAUAUCUUUUAGCAAGAUAUAAUAAUGUCGCCUGAGUGGAUCAGCAGCCAGUAAGGAGUUAUUCUUGUAAAAGAGUUGCUAUUGCAUUCUUUGCAGUUAGAUUUAAAACUUAAUUUUUAAAUGUUUCCUUUUUUUAGUUUGUGCUGGAAUAAUGAUUUGCAUGUUCUGCAAGUAAAAAAUAAAAUGUGU